AUGCAGCCAUGGUUUAAUAAACUGGGCCGGCAGGGCCGCCAAUUGGCCCUGCAAUGGCAGUAUGCGGGAGAGUCGUGGGGCGUUGCAACCCCGACCCCUCUGGACUAUCUGUUUGACGAGCUGUUUAGUCCCAAAUCGUCCACUACCCCAGACAAGAUCCUUUCAUAUCUGGCGUACUAUUAUCCAAAACUGAAAAAUGAGCACAACGUCGAGCUUUUGACGCUCUGUUUUUUGCGAUGUCCACUUUUCUUCAACGACGCCCAGCUGGUGUCGUUCAACGACAACUAUCGCGUUAUCGAAUUCUUCAAGUACAUCAUGGACAAGAAGUUCCAGGUCAGCCAGCCAACGCUGCCCUUCCACCGGUUCUACAACGCGCUGUUUGGAGCCGUGGAGAAGAUUGCCGCUGAUGCGGGGAGCGCGUGGAAAGUGAUUCCCGUGGUUGUUGGGUGCCUGCUCUCUGUUGACUCAAGAAGCGACUACGACAGGUACCCCGAGCAUUUCAAGCUCAUUGCGAAAAUAGACGCUAAAUUUGUGAACAUUGCGGCAAACACGUUGGUACGGAGCAUGGACGGGCCGCUUUCAAAGGAUCUUCUAUGUCUGAACGUUGUUGCCCUGUCAUGUGUGCAGGAUAAGCUUACCGACUCUCAGCUUUUGCGAAUUUUGCGAGUUAGAUCUGACAUGUUGAGAAUCCUCACAGAGCUCACGUUCAACUCGCCGUACGGUCUGGACAAUGGCCGGCUUUUACUAAAGGGCGAAGCAGACACCCCGAUCGUUGUCAGACACUUAAAUCGGAUCUCGUUCCUGUUCGCGAAGCUCACGUCGAUCCACCCAAAAGUCGCUUUGCUGGUGGACGAUCUGGAUCUGAUUUUGAACCGGAUCCAGACUUUCAGCGAGAACGUGCUGAGCGUGCCAAAUCCAACAGAAACGCAAUGGAGCACACUAAGAGUGGUCUUGUUUGCACAAGUAAUGAUGUUUGAAGGAGUCAUGGCCCGUUUCUUCCAAAUCAACGACCAUUCUCUCAACAGAGCCGUUCUGCCCACCCUGAGUAGGAAAAUUCUCACUGCGCUCUUCAACUUCAACUUCGUCGUCGACAGGAUGGGCACCGGCGGGUUCGAGAGCUACAAUUUCGUCUACGCGUCGUGUCUCAGCGCGCUCACGAGCUACGACAUUUCCACGGCAGAGACACUCAUCAAAUGCUGGACCAGCAGCAUAGCAUUCAAAGAAAUCCACAACUCUGCCGCAGAGCGCGGGAAACUGCUCUUCGAUCUCCAGUUCAUUGAGAACGUCGUCAACUUGGUCUCCGACAGCAUAAAAUUCAACUUCAUUAUCCCCAUAGUCCAAGAUCUCAUAGGCAAAUCACACGACCAGGCCGUGUUGGAGAGCGCGCAUUCAGUUAUGGUCAAAUACUUUACCAGUGUCGACACAUACAACGAGGCUCAACUGGUGGACUACACGAACAACGUCAAACAUGUUGGCGCGCAACUGAUCGACUACCUUACGCUGUCCCUGGACCAGUUCCCGGUCCGACUAUCGCUGAGCCAAGUCGGCGUUAUAGUCGAGACACUCGCCAAAAUUACGUUCCCCGACACUGCUGUGCACGAGUGCGAUCCGGAGCUGUACCGGGAGCUGAUUUUGCUCGUCUACAACAGGUGUCUCGUUGCCACUAGCGAAGAGCUCCCAGAUGCUCGGGAACCACCAAGAACACGCCACGGAGCGUUCACGUCUCUCCUGAUCAGAAUUCUGCCCCUGGUUCCCUUCGACGAAUACCAGUCGUGGCUGGAAAGAACGCUCAGUCUGGCGUACCGCACCGUCGGCGACGAGCGUACGUAUCUUCUGGACCUGCUCUGGGACAGCAUUCUGGGCGCAAACAGACACUAUCCGCAGAAAGGAAACGUUGGCAUCCAAUGGUGGUACGAACAUGUCAACCAGAAUCAGGAAAAAGCAAAAUUAUAG